CAAUUACAUAGGAGAGAAUGCAUCGGAUGGCAGCUGACUAAGGAUCCUAAAUGAGCCGAGAUAUUUUGGUGGCACUAAACCGCUUUCGGCAUAGAUGACGGAUCCGAGGAAGAACCUCACCACGCAACACCAACCUCACCUCAGCCGAGUCCUUCCCGACCCAAUUGCUCUCCGCUCUUCGCUCUACGCCCGCCCUUUUUUGCGUUUCUGUAUUUAAUUGCUGAAUACACGACUUGGAAAGAAGGGAACAAUGUUUACCUCCCGCGCUGUCUCGGCCAUCGCCAGGCGUACCCCUGUCCGGGCUUUCGCCAAGGCUCGUCCUUUCACCUCGUCGAUGGCUCGCUUCGACAACAAGCUCAACGUUCCUGGCAAAAUUGCCCCAUACGAAGAAAUCAAGACCGAAGAUGACCUUCUCCCCCCCGGAACCAAGCCUGGCCAAGUCCCCACCGACAUCGAACAGGCCACUGGUCUGGAGCGGUUGGAAUUGAUCGGAAAGAUGCAGGGAAUUGACCUUUUCGACAUGAAGCCUCUCGAUGCCUCUCGCAAGGGAACACUCGAGAACCCAAUCAUUGUUAACGGUGCUGGCGAUGAGCAAUACGCCGGCUGCACCGGCUACCCAGCCGAUUCCCACAUUGUCAACUGGUUGACGGUGUCUCGUGAGCGCCCUAUUGAGCGCUGCAACGAGUGCGGUAAUGUGGUUAAGCUGAACUACGUCGGACCGGAAUCCGACCCUCAUGCUCACGAUGCCCACGGCCAUGAUCACGGCCACGGCCACGCCGCCUACGAGGAACCCAAGACCUUUGCAGACUACGUCAAGCCCGAGUACUGGUACCGAUAGAUGCUCAUCAUCCUCAAAUGGAGACGUGUUCUGAGAAUUUUGUCUAAAUCAUAUACACGCCCUGAACCUUGACAGACUCCUCAUUUUUUUUCAUUUGUUAACACCCCAAUCAAUCAAUCACUGUAGUAUAGUCGAGGGAAUAGAUGUGAAAAAGAUUAAACUAAAUAAGAUCAUUGUUAC